CUUACUGUGCUCUCUCCUCCCCCCUCCAUAGGGCAGUAUUAGCCAUCUCUCUGUAUCAUCACCAGUCCCCGGAUCUCUGCCCCGCAGCCGCCGCAACCUCGGUCUCACUGUCCCUGGACCAAGGCUCUUCGCUCCGGGCCACCUCCUGCAGCCAUGUCUGAGCAAAGCGGCAGCAGAUACCAGCAGUUACAGAAUGAAGAGGAGCCCAGUGACAAUCCCCAGGCUGGGUCAGAUGCUCCGCCUCCAUACAGCAGCAUUGCAGGAGAGGACGCUGCAUUUUUUGACUACAAAGAUGAGUCCGGUUUCCCAAAGCCACCCUCUUACAAUGUGGCGACAACACUCCCAAGUUACGAUGAAGCAGAGCGGACUAAGGCAGAGGCCACAAUACCUCUGGUUCCUGGGAGGGAUGAUGAAUUUGUGGCACGGGAUGAUUUUGAUGAUGCAGAUCAGCUGAGGAUAGGGAACGAUGGCAUCUUUAUGCUGACAUUUUUUAUGGCAUUCCUGUUUAACUGGAUUGGAUUUUUCCUGUCGUUCUGCCUGACAACUUCAGCUGCCGGCAGAUAUGGGGCAAUUUCUGGAUUCGGUCUUUCCCUGAUUAAGUGGAUCUUAAUUGUCAGAUUUUCUACCUACUUCCCUGGAUAUUUUGAUGGACAGUACUGGCUGUGGUGGGUGUUCCUGGUAUUGGGAUUCCUUCUGUUUCUUAGAGGAUUCAUUAAUUAUGCAAAGGUUCGGAAGAUGCCAGAAAACUUUUCCACUCUCCCCAGAACUAGGGUUCUCUUUAUUUAUUAAAGUGUUUAUGUCCCGGUCUUCCUGCCUCUACACAAAUCCCGUAUAUACGGACAGAGACAGCAAGGACACCUGCAGGAAGAGACUCUCAGAUUCAACACCAUGGGGAAACAAAAAGAUUAAUUCAUUUAGGAAUGAAACAAAGUCCUGAAAAACAACAGGCCAACAAAUAAAAUUACUGUUGAAGAUGAAAAUAAGCAUUUUUGUUUGUUUUUAGGUGUAAAAUUUGAAGAAUUAUGUUAUUAUUAUCCUGGAAUCGUUAGUGGCUACUGUUUAAAUCAAAGCUAUCGCAAUCAAGUUUGUGAAGUACUAAUUAAGCCUUAUAUAUUGUUUGUAAAACAAAACAAAAAAAUCCAUUGAUCUGCACUUCUUCUGCCAGAAGAGAGCAGUCAUGCUUCAUCUUGUUUUCCAUACUCCGACUGCCGCACAGAUGUUUUUGUGUAUUGUGUUGUGUUCUGCUUCUGGGAAAAAAUAUGUAUAUGUAAAUGCUUCAGACAUUGAAAUUUA